AUGGUUAGCUAUGAGCAUGUGAAUGAACCUGAUCAGAGCAUCUUCAGAGGCUUCUAUCAGUUUUUGUCCUUUGCAGACAGACGCCCAGAUCUACAAAGAUAUACCAUAGUGAAGUGGCUCCUGGGGUUUCUUGCUGUUGCCGUGAUCGUUACUGCCAUAGCCGUUCCGGUAGCUUUACUGACAAACAGUGGUAGCUCUCACAGCUCUGACACACGACGAACAUUUACCUUAGAGGAUUAUCUGAGUGAUGGCUAUAACUACAAAAGAUACAAUUUGCAGUGGAUUUCAGGAAAUGAAUACGUCCACAAAACAGUGGAUGGCAACCUGCAGAUCAUCAGUGCUGAUAAUGGAACAGUCUUAAAAACUCUGAAAAAUACCACAAUAAAAGAAGCUGGAGCUACCACAGCUAUGUUCUCGCCAGAUACAAAAUUUGCUUUUCUACAAUCUGGCUAUAAGAAGCUCUGGAGACAUUCAUAUACAGCUACAUAUCACAUUUAUGACAUGACUACAAGUACCUUAGUGACUGAGAAUCCACUUCCUAAUGAUACCCAGUAUAUAUCCUGGUCACCUGUUGGUCACAAAUUGGCAUAUGUGUGGAAUAAUAACAUUUAUGUGAAAGAAUUCCCAGGAGCAAAGAGUAUACAAAUCACCACAAAUGGAGAAGAAAAUAAAAUUUUUAACGGAAUUCCUGAUUGGGUUUAUGAAGAGGAAAUGUUUGGCACCCACUCUGCUCUGUGGUGGUCUCCAAAUGGCAAUUUUAUAGCAUAUGCAGAGUUUAAUGAUACAGAAGUUCCUGUUAUUGAGUAUUCCUUUUAUUCAGAAGACACGCUGCAGUAUCCAAAGACGAUUAGAAUCCCAUAUCCCAAGGCAGGAGCUAGAAAUCCUACUGUGAAAUUAUUUAUAGUGAACACCCAAUCUCUUACUCCUUUGAAUUCCACUGAGAUUACUGUACCACGUAAAAUAUCAGGGGAGCACUAUUUGAGUGUUGUGACAUGGGUAACUGAUGAAAGGAUCUGUCUGCAGUGGCUCACAAGGAUUCAGAAUUAUUCUGUACUCACAGUCUGUGACUUUGAAAAAAACAAUGGAAUGUGGCUGUGCCCAGAGGAAAAACAGCAUGAACAAGAAAGCAACACUGGCUGGAUUGGCAGAUUUCAGCCAUCUACCCCUUACUUUGCGCUUGACAAUGCUAGCUACUACAAGGUGUUCAGCAAUUCAGACGGCUACAAACACAUCCAUUAUAUAAAUGGCUCAGAGCGUGCAACACCUAUCACAAAAGGAAAAUGGGAAGUGAUCAGCAUAGAAGCUGUAACCAAAGACUUCCUAUACUAUAUCAGUAAUGAGAAUGGUGGAAAACCAGGAGGAAGAAACCUUUAUAAAAUGGAAUUUGGCAAAGGUCAGAUUAAUGCUAAGUGCAUUAGCUGUGAUCUAGACCAAGAAAGAUGUCAGUAUUACAGCACAUCCUUCAGCCAAAAUGUACAAUAUUAUCUGCUAAACUGUUAUGGUCCAGGCCUGCCCAAGUGUGCUCUUCACAGAAGUAGUGAUGAUCAAGCCAUCAGAAACUUGGAAAACAACACAGAUUUGAAUAAUUCAUUGAAGGACAUUCAGAUGCCUUCAAAGAAAGUUGAAUCCAUUAAUUUGAAUGGGAAUGUAUUCUGGUAUCAGAUGAUCUUACCUCCCCAUUUUGAUUCAUCAAAGAAGUACCCUCUGCUCCUUGAUGUGUAUGCCGGGCCCUGCAGUCAGAAAGUAGAUGAUGCCUUCCGAAUCAACUGGGCUACAUACCUGGCAAGCACAGAGCAGAUCAUCGUGGCUAGCUUUGAUGGCAGAGGAAGUGGCUACCAAGGAGAUAAAAUCAUGCAUGCAAUAUAUCGAAGACUGGGAACAUAUGAAAUAGAGGAUCAAAUUGCAGCAGCCAGAAAAUUUUCUGAAAUGGGCUUUGUUGAUAAAAACAGAAUAGCUAUUUGGGGUUGGUCUUAUGGGGGAUACGUGACCUCCAUGGUGCUAGGAUCUGGUAGCGGAGUGUUCAAGUGUGGAAUUGCUGUAGCCCCUGUGUCACGCUGGCAAUUUUAUGAUUCAAUAUAUACAGAGCGCUAUAUGGGUCUUCCUGUAGAAAAUGAUAAUCUAAAAUACUAUGAGAAUUCAACAGUAAUGGCCAGAGCUGAAAAUUUUAAGCAAGUUGAGUAUCUCCUUAUUCAUGGAACAGCAGAUGAUAACGUUCAUUUUCAGCAAGCAGCACAGAUCUCCAAAGCUCUUGUUGAUGCUGAGGUGGAUUUCCAGGCAAUGUGGUAUACGGACAAAGACCAUGGCAUUGAUGGUCAGGCACACAAACACAUCUACACCCAUAUGAGCUAUUUCAUAAAGCAGUGUUUCUCAUUGUCUUAGCACCAUCGUGACAUUUCACAUUAUAUCAGGAUUGAUCAAGUUGUUAAUAGCAAUUUGUCCAGCUGAUUCUCCUUCCAUAAACUUGCACUGAGCCACUAUAACUUUAUGAACGUCUGAAUGAGGAAAUUAAAGGUUUGUUAAAUCCUUGUAGCCUGUCUACACACAAUGAAAUGUUAAUUUUAUGACAACCUCUGUUGCCAAGCAACCAUUGCAUUUUUUUUUUUAUUGAAAUGUGUUUAAAUCAGGUUUUUAUCUGCACCAAAAUGUUUACAUGUCCUUUGCCAAUUUUUUUUUUAAGUGUGGUACUUGAAUUGAUACCUUGUCAUACUUACCGCUUUCAGUCUGAGAUGGAAAGAUGCAUGGUCCCUUUCACUGAUUGGUGAUACUGAUUUUGACCAUGGAUAUGUUUUUAAAUAGAGUAACUAACUGAAUAGGGUCUGGGAAGCUCAGAAGACUAAGGAAUACAUUUUCUGAAAUCUGAUUGCUUUUACAAAGAACCUGGAUUAAAUUUUCAAUAAAACCUUUUUGCAGAAAUUAUCUUAUGUUUGACCAUCUCUGCUAAAACCAUUCAUAGGGAUGUAGUAAUGUUGGUAUUCCAUUCAUUGCAGAGAAUCCUGUUGGGUUUUUUUUCCAGACCAAUCCAUUCUAUGAGUUGAUAUGACAUAAAUACUGUAAUACAGAUACAUGUAUGUGUGUGACUAUGCUCAAAUAUCUUGUGAGACUUUAACCAAAAUUAUGGAAAUUAACUUUUAGCAAAGGUAUUGAGUAAUACCCGCCAGAACACGGGGACUGAAUUUUGCUAACACCUAAAGGCAAGCGAUACUAUCGAAUUUACUAGUUACUUAAUAAAACAGAGCCUUGUUGACUUUAAUAGAAUCUGCUUUAGUAAAAUCUGAGCAAGGAUCUGUGGUCCUUUCAUUAAUUAAGGACUAAGCUAGCUGCUCUUGUUCUGCAGUAAAUGACACAUACGUAGGUAGUUACUGUACAACUAUUGGGCAGUAAAACCCUUGUGUCCUUUACCAAUUAUAAAUUAUUAGAUUGUUUUUGGCCUUGGUUUCCUCCCUUUAGGACAGCUAUAUCUCCUGCGGUGUCACAGAGCACGUGAUAUACUGCCAGUACUUAAAAAGAAAUUUGAGAAUGCAGGCUGACCAUCUAGCAAUCAUUGUGAGCAAAUAUGAAUAUGCCAUUUAUUAAUUUUCUGUAACCGAGCUGUAAAUUUAUCUCAGAUUUAUUAGUAGAGGUUCACUUGGGAAUCUCCACAU